UUUAUAACAAAUUUCUUUACAGCUGGUCAUAUACCAAAUUUAUUCACCGCGUUCAACAACCCUGAUUUUUUCUGUGUUUUAUUUUUAUUGGUUAUGUUAUUUUGUUUUGAUAAUUUGCUAAUAAAUUGAACUUUCCAUAUUCAUAAAAAUAUAUCAUAAAUUAAAAUGUCGAAUAGUCAUUUGUUUAUGAUAUCAGGAUUUCCCCGUGCGCCUUUACAAAAUGGUAUAGGACGUUACGUCUGCCAACUGCAGAGAAUUACGUUAAAAUUCUGUAAAAAUAAUGGCUCCAGCAAAGGCAUGAGAGAAUUUAUUGAAAAUCAUUUAAUUGAUUUUGCCAAAGAGAAUCCUGGUGUCGUUGUGUAUGUAAAGCCUAGACGUCACCGUACCCCUGUUUUGGUUGGAGAAUAUUUAAAUGGUGAUCGCGAAUGGCUUAGUUGCCGAAAUUUAACCAAAGAAGAAAUAUCGAAGUGGGUGCAACUUUUCAAAACACAAAAUGGCUCAUCGAGUUCACUGAGGUUGCGUAAAAUGUGGCAUACUGAUGUUCCUUCUAUACAAGGUCCAUGGACACCAUUCACUUUACGCCAUCCUGAACAAAAUUUCACAAGUUAUCCUAAUAAAGAAGCAUCACAACCUUUAGAUAUUGAACAAUCGGCGACAGAGAAACUAAUUGAAUUAUUCAAAAAACAAAAACUUGCUGAUAGCGAAAGUACAGCAGAAAAAGUUUUGACUGACAAACGUGCAGAAUAAUUUAUUAUAACUUAAAAUAUGUAGUGUAUUUAAAUACAGAAGCUAAAAAACUUUGUUAAACAUUUAAA